AUGAGGACACGUCUCGUCUCAUAUUCAAUACUAGCCUUCGGCUAUGAAUAUGAAUUGAGAGUCGCUUUUGAUAACGAGAAGCCGGCCGCAGGCAAAGAUAGACUGCUAUUGACAGUGGCUGUGCCGGCCGGUCAGGAGUAUAUUGACCAGGGAUUUGAUGUGCCCUCCAUUUCACAGAAUGUGGACUUCCUAAACGUGUUGAACUAUGACUAUCACACGGCCUUUGAUCCCGAGACCGACCAUCACUCGCCUCUGAAGGCACGACCAGAUCAGAGCAGAUUCGAUGAGUCGAGUAAAUUCAAUACCGAAUGGACUAUCAAUUACUACUUACAAUUAGGUGCCCCCAGAAGUAAGUUGAUUCUGGGUAUUCCCACAUACGGGCGUUCAUUCACUUUGGCCGACCCCAACAAAAAUGGUUUGACGGCUACAGCUGAAGGGCCGGGAGAGGCCGGAGUGUCGACCAGAGAAAAGGGUUAUUUGGCUUUCUAUGAGAUCUGUCAGAAGAUCGAAGAGGAGGGUUGGAGUACUCAGAGGCCGUACCCCCAGAUAGAGGGCCCCUAUUCUUUCAAAGACAAUCAAUGGGUCGCUUACGACGACAUCCAAAGUAUUGAACAGAAGGUGCGCUUCAUUUUGGAGAAGGGUUUGGGAGGGGCUAUGAUCUGGACGUUAGAUAACGACGACUUUCGCGGACUCUGUUAUGGAGAGCAGAGCCCACUCGUGAACGCCGUCAAGACAGCCCUCGCCAACAACAUCGUGGAGAGCAGUUCCAGUGAACGCACGGCUUCCAGGUUUAUACGACCCGGUCCUCAGAGUGUCCCCAAAGAAGAGGUUGCGUUGUCGGCACUUAAUGUCAACACUCGUCGCAACCAAUUGAGACGAUUCCAGUUCCAGACAACGCCCUCGACGACGACCACCACUACGACGACGACAACUACCACAACAACUACAACACCUGCGCCCACAUUCAAGGAGACAGUUCUGAGGACAACUCCUGAACCGCCGCCCACUCCAGAUCCCGGAGCUGCGUUUGAGUGCGAGGACGAGGGCUUCUUCAAUAACCCCAAAGACUGUCGCAAAUACUUUUGGUGUCUGGAUAGCGGACCCGCUAACCUGGGGAUUGUCGCCCACGCCUUCACCUGUCCAUCCGGUCUGUACUUUAACUCGAAGACCGAAGCGUGCGAUUACCCCGAGAACGUGAGCUGUAAGAAAGCACCCAAAGAAGACAUCACUACUAAAAGACCUAAACUAAAGACUAAGCCAACCACUACUACCACCACAACCACCACUACUACACCUCCGCCCACAACCACUACCACCACAACACCUGCACCAACAGAACCACCAUUUGAUUUGAGCGAUAGGGCUAACAUUGAGCUCUUAUCCACUGCUUUAAGACAACUGAAUUCCGCACAACAGUCCGGUAAUAGCAACGAUGCCUUACAACUCGUUAAUUUGAUUCAAUCGCUGGGAGGGGUCGACAAAAUACAGUCUCUUCUACAGUCUGGAGGUCUCGGAGGACUUCUUGAUGAUAAUAGCGCUUCAUCUCCGGCAACAACCCAUAACUUUUUUGCGCCCUCUUAUGUGACACCCAAUCGACAACAGGACAACACUCUGCCGCCGCAGACAUUCACUGAGACGUCGAUAUUCUCGUCAUCCGAUGCGAGACGAGAGCCUCAGAGACGAAGACCUCAAUUCGAUUCGGCUCUACAGACAACUACUUUGAACCCUAUUUUCUCCUUUUAUGAAACGCCCAAAAACUCUAGAAGUAAUGCCAACACCGACUCAAACCCCCAAUCAUUUACAUUCACAUAUAACACACCGGGAGGUCGAACGGCCGGACACGAAGGCUCUUUCAACGAGGCAUCCAUCUCUCGGCCAUCAAUUCAACGUUUCAACGCAUCGGCGCGUUUGGGGGCGCCGUCCACUUCACGCGGAGUAUUCGCCACGGAGUCACCCAUUGAUAGACCCAGAGCUCAGUCCCAAUCCAAUCAAGUAUUUAGAGUACCCGUCAGUGUUAGCGCCGGACGAGUAGUUAGAUUACCUGUCGAUGCGCUCGACAACCGAAACCCUCAGUCGGCCCGAAGGGUCAGAGUUCAGAGCGCCUUCUCGGCCGCCACCGAAAGACCGCAAUCGGGGGUUGUUUACGAUGAAGAGACCCAAACACAAGCGCCCGCUCACGCCUUAAGGCCACAAUUCGCCCCACCCUUUGCUCCCCAACCACUGCCCCAAUCCAUUCCCGCACAAACACAACCCAUUGAGGAUGUGACGACCCAACGGCCACUCAGACGCCGCCUUCCGCAUCGGUUUAAUUUGAAGCCCACCGCUGAUGAGAACCCAGUGUCGGCGCUCAUAAACCUUCCGCCCAGAGCUUCAAACACUUUGCAAAAUUCAAGACCACACAGACCUCAGCCAAUAGAUGACCCGUUACUGCAGAUUCAGACGACAACGUCUGCACCGACAACACUAUACAAUCAGUUCCGACCACAACCGCCCCGUUUCACAAACUAUAAUACCCUUCCGCCUGAGUUUGAUAUCGCGCCCUUCACUACACCAGCCAUUCCUUACUUUGAUUUGGAGAACGCCUUCCGGUCGACAACACCACCGCCGCCUCCGACAACUACCACAACACGAGCGCCACCGACCACUCAAUUGCCACUAAGAAAUCAGAUCCGCCCGAGACGUCCGGUGCCACAACCGGUUCCUCAAACCACUCAACGACCCAAUCGUCGACCAACACAGCCACCAACUACCGAAGCGCCGGCCACUCAGUUUGACGGACCGGCCAUUUUUGCAGAAAAUGACGGCAAAAUAGGCUGCAAUAAGCGGGGAGUUCACGCCCACCCCAGCAGCUGCGGUAUGUUUGUGGUGUGCGCACCCGCCUCCCGGGCCAACAAACAGCUGCGAGCACUUACCCAUCACUGUCCGGCGGAUCAGGUGUUUGUGCAGGAAGUGGGCAGAUGUCGGCCCGGAAACAAAGACCGCUGCGAAGUCUUCUAA